ACAAACUGACAAGCGAAAAGCACAGGUUUCAAAACCUACAAAGUCAGAUCAUUGGUGGAUAUGGAGUGUGGUUUCAUUUUCACUUCUGGUCUGCUGCUUAUCAUUUGUAGAAACGGCUACAAGAAGUGUGUAAGAACAAAAACUGGGUGAGAUGGAGGCAUAGAAGACUUCCUUAGUUCUCCUAAGUUGGGGAGGUAUUGACCGCUGAACAAAAUGCCGGUCAGAAAGAAAUUUAUGAAUUGUUGGAAAAAUAAUUCUAAUGUGAUGUCUCUACCACUUAGUGCCAUAAUUCUGCUCAUAGUUGAAGAAAUAAUGGAGACUGAAUUUAAAUGCCCUCGAUGGACAGCAUUAAAGAAGUUGUAUGUUUCUACCUAUUUUUUGUGUCCAGUUUUAAUUACAAUUGCCCUGAGCUUGACGUCCCAGCCCACCUGCAUUCUCUGGUUUCGCAGCUUUCGGAAAUGUUCGUACCGACAGAAGGGUGAGAUGCUUUGCAAGGUGUUUCUUCCUCCUCUGAUCUGGUGUGUCAUCCUGCUGUGGGAUGGCAGAUACGUUGAAUGUGCGGUUUCAAGAAGUGAAGUGGACAGCAAUCAAAAUGCAAACCAAACCAGAGCAGCAGAAUCAAGCACUGAAGCCUAUUCAAUUUCUCAGGUUUCAGGACUCUGCAUUCUUACCUUUAUCGUCAUUGUUUAUAGCCUGUUCCACACAUAUCCCUUCUGGUACUGCCGUAAAGAUGAAGAGGAAUGUAGGAAAGAGGAGCUGGAGAUCAUUUUAGAAGAAAAAACAUGGCAAUGUGUUCAAGAAUUGCAGAAUAAAAGUACAGAGCAGAUAAUGGAACAGGAAGUGAAACCUCUUCUCCAGAAUGUUCCUAAAAACUUCUGGAGAGAUGUAGAUUUUAAAACAAUAAUAUUAACAGUAAGGAAGAUUUUAAGGAAUGUGGUUAGCCAUAUAAAUAUUCGGACACAACAACCAAUUAGACCAUCUGCUUGCAUUUAAAAUGUGCCUCCAUCAUCAGGCCCUGAUGUGCACCUGUCCUGCAUUUGGCUGGGAUAGAGUUAAUUUUCUUCCUGGCAUCUGAGAUGUUUCUGUGUUUUGGGUUUAGGGUGAGAAUAAUGCUGAUAACACACCGAUGUUCUAGCUGUUGCAGAGCAGUGCUUACACUGAGCCAAGGACUUUUCAGCUUCUCACACUGCCCUUCCAAUGGGGAGGCUGGGGGUGCACAAGGAGCUUUGUGCAUCGCUUUAUUUAUAUAUUCUUUUAUUGGGCUGAUGAUGGUUAUUUUCCCUUCCUUUUCUGUCCUAUUAAACUGUC